GUACGCAUGCGCAAUUACACUCCACACAACCGCAAUAAGCAAAUAUGGCGGCGGCCGUCGACAGUGUUGUGAAAGUGCUGGGAGAGCAGUAUUAUAGAGAUGCCAUGGAGCAGUGUCAUAGCUACAAUGCUCGUCUCUGUGCUGAGCGCAGCAUCCUCAUGCCUUUUCUGGACUCUCAGACUGGUGUUGCACAGUCAAACUGUUACAUCUGGAUGGAGAAAAGACAUCGGAGCACAGGUUUAGCUCCAGGCCAGCUGUACUCUUACCCAGCUCGUCGUUGGAGGAAGAAACGGCGUUCCCAUCCACCUGAGGACCCCCGCUUGGCCUUCCCCCCACUCAAAGCAGCAGAUUUAGAGUUGGGUCUGAAGCGUGAUGCAUUGGGAGCAGUGGAUGGAAGCAGCUUGGAAGCUUUGCUGAAAGGGGAGCCUCUUGAAAGGAGGAGCGGCGUGUCGGAUCUCCGCGGCCCUGAGGACGAUCCAGCCACCGUUGAGCCUCCUGCUACAUCGACAGUUACUCACACAUCCUCUGGACGCAUCCGCAAGCAGAGAGUCCUUGACCACGAUGACUAUUUGGACGAUCUGGAUGAUGAAGACUUUGAGGAUGAAACCCCCAAAAGACGAGGCAAGAGCAAGUCUAAGGGCCGCAGUGAUAAGAAUGGCAAGAAGAAAACAGAGGCUGCAGCUGCAGCGUUGGAGGAGAGAGACAAACCUUACGCCUGCGACAUCUGUGGAAAACGCUACAAGAACCGUCCAGGCCUGAGCUACCACUAUACACACUCUCACCUGGCAGAGGAGGAGGGCGAGGACCGCGAGGAGAUCGAGGCACCACCCACUCCUCGCCAGCCUGAGGAGCAGAAGACUACUAAGAAAGGUCCCAACGGACUUGCUUUGCCAAACGAUUACUGUGACUUCUGUCUGGGAGACUCCACCUUAAACCAAAAGACUGGCCAAUCAGAAGAACUGGUAUCCUGCUCAGACUGUGGACGCUCAGGCCACCCGACGUGCCUGCAGUUCACACCAGUAAUGAUGGCCGCAGUGAAGACCUACCGCUGGCAAUGCAUCGAGUGCAAGUGCUGCAAUGUUUGUGGCACCUCAGAGAAUGAUGACCAGCUGCUGUUCUGUGAUGACUGCGACCGAGGUUACCACAUGUACUGUCUAACUCCACCCAUGACCGAACCACCAGAGGGGAGCUGGAGCUGCCACCUGUGCCUGGCUCUGCUGAAGGACAAAGCCUCCAUAUACCAGCAGAACCAGAGCUCUGUCUCCGAGUGACUUCAAAACAUGAGGCCCACCCCUCACCACCAGGACCCCACCCCCAACCAAAAUGUCAGACCUCUUCUCAGUUCAGAGCUCCAGGCUCUGUCCAGAUGUAGCAGAGCCAGAUCGCGCAUCAGCUUUACAGAUCUUUCUUUGUUAUAUACAGCGCUAGUGGGUUUGGGGGGGGGACUCCAACAAAACAGACCUCAGAUCAGUUGACACGGGGAUCAAACCUUCACUACCAGUCUGCCUGCCAAGUCCUUGAGGCUUGCUAUCAAACGUGUGACUUAUUGUGUACAAAUACAGUAUAGACACACUUUCUUGUGGACUGUUACACACAUACAAAACCGAUAGCAUGCAGUAACCAUAGUAACUGAUGUCUCCAUGGGAGCUCACAGGAUAAAAUGGAUUAGCAUCACAGCUAAUUAUCAGCACCCCCUUCACACUCAAAAGACACAGUGUGGACCUUCAAGACAACAGUUUUACUCUGACAAAUUUUCUAUUUUUACUCACAAACGUGACAAAAGAAUACAUACAUGGGCAAGGAAUAUUAUUAGAAUUAUUAUAAUUAUUGUCUUUGAUCACUAGUGGGCUUUGUAGUGGCAUUUGUCUGUGUACUCUUGUCUGAUCUGUUGGAGCGUUUACGGUUUACUGUGUUUUUAAAGAGGUUUCCCUGAGGGGCGUCCAGCCAGUGCCAAGGUCAUCCAUCAUAUGAGACGCUUCGCAGCGACACAGGGAGCUUAUCACAAGCACCAUUAAGCAUGAUUGUUUUAAAUUAGUGGCACGAAGGUGGUAAAGUUAAGUUAGCAUAAAGCUUAUGACGUUGCUUCUUAAAAAAAAACAAAAAAAACAAAGAAAACAGCCUUUCAUUAUUCAGUGUCAAAACACAUCAGUCGCUUCAAACACUACACGAGUUGCAUUUACUGCAGACUGAGUUCAUCUGAUGUUUUACAGCAUCAUUCAUCCUGAGAUGUAGCUAACACUCCUGUUGUGAAUAGUGUCAUACUUUCUGGGAAAACUGAUAGUGGUUCCACAUUUUAUCCCAUUUUAAACCUAACACAUGACAAAGGAAUCGGAAAGUCGCCUCAUUUUCUAAAAGCUGUUUUUGCAACUUUUUAAAAACAUAGUUUGGCUGUGUCGUCUUUUCAUGCAUAAACAGCUGCUGUCAAGUCCACACAACACACUCAUUUACAAACUGUAGCUGCUUUUAUCAUUUGUCAUACUGAGGCUGAUUUGCAUGCAGAUUGCACCUGUAUGAACACACACAAACUCACAUAAGUGUUUUGUUUUUUCUUUCUUUUUUUUUUUACAUUUUCUAUUACCUGAUAUUCCAUUGGUAUUGGGAGUUUUUUCUAGUAAAAUUUUGUAAAGUCUAUGGUAUAGCAAACACUUCAAUAUAUAGCUCCUAAUGUAUUCUACGUACUGUAUUGACUUUCUAUUUUUGUUAUGACUGUGACAUGUUUGAAUUCAUUUCAUUAUUCUUAUAUGUCAGACCUUCAUCAUAAGUAUUUGUAAAAUGAUGUACUUUGUUGUACUAUUUUUAUUUUUUACAUUUCUUUGGUAUUGAAGCUGAUUUAGCCCGACUGAAAUAAAAUCACUUUACAUUG